AUGGACUGGCAAUCCUUUGUCUUUCACGAUCUCAUUUUCCAAGGUGAAUCCACCUUACAGUCGAUGUACGUGGUUACUUACAGCAAAGCUACGCCCUAUGCUGCCUUCUUCCUUGGGCUUUGGGCGCUGUAUGCUGCGUGCCUCUGGUGGAAGUUGGGCCGUUUCAUCCGCGACAUCUCCAGUGGCACCUGGGCUCUGAAGUUGAUGAUGCUCACGCACCAUGGCGUGAUCACACCUUUGGCGCUCUGGAGCAUGUGGCAAGACCCGGUGAUUCGACAGCUUUACAGCUGCAUUGGGUGCAAGGAGGCAGCGCAGCUGAUGAACCGCGCCGUCGAGGCGCCUUUGGCGGUGCGCGCCCUGACGCCGGUGACGUUGGGUUACUUUGUGGCGGAUCUCGUUUUACUCAGUCAGUGGCAGCUAACCAAAGGUUCACAGGUGGAGCGCUAUUUGAUGCUGGUGCAUCAUAUCGCUUCAAUGGGCGUUUGGCCGGCGGCCAUCUACUUCGACUGGGUGGCGCGGUAUGUGAUCAUCAUGCUCUCCUAUGAAAGCACCAGUUUUCUGCUCACUCUUCUGUGGGUCCUCAACGCUGCGGGCUAUAAGAAGAGCUUGGCGUACGUGGUGACCGGAUUUCUUUUCACAAUUCUCUUCAUUCUGCUGAGGUUGGUGGGCGCCAUUCCGCAGCUCAUUGCCAUGUAUUGGGCGCCCCCCUGGAGCGACUCACUGAUGCAGGAGGCACAGCCUGGCGGAAUCCAUUGGCUUGCGUGGCUCUUUUCCCAAUCUCUCAUUUUGCCGCACGUGAUGAACCUCUUCUGGGGAGCCAAGGUGGUCGAAGGAGCAUUCAACACUUUCAGUGGGCUCUUGAAGAACAACUGA